AGCGCUUUUGCACUGUAACCCUUCGCAAGCAGACGGGAGCAAGCAUUCCGGCAGACUGCUUUCUGGAGCCGAGAGGACAACAUUCAUAGACCUCCUUUGAUUGGGAUAUGUCACUGUUGUCAGGGCAACUGGUAACAGUGGCGUAUCAUAUUUUCUCCUCUUGUGUUGCGUGUUGAAUAUUUUAGUGUGCUCUGGCUGGAAGAAGAUUGAAGAAAAGGUGCUGCAGCAAGAAGGAGAAGCUGUGGGCUUGGAUCUGAUCAAACAGGUUAAGGCAAACCAAUGUGCCUUUAACACAUUAGGGUUUUUCUUCAAGGUGGGGAAACUGCAGUCUCAGCUGCCAAGUGGAUGUUGGUAUUUGUCAGCUGUUUGCACACCACUUAUCCAUAGGGGAUCUAUUACAAAUGCUCAAAUGAACAGGCAGCUUUGCAGCUAGCUGCUGCUCGGGCUGCAGUUGCUUUUUUUUUUUUUUUUUCUCCCUAAUAAGCAAGAGGGAACGUCACCAUGCCUGGUUCAUCUACUGCUAUCCAUCAAGAGAGAUUGAAGAAGACAAGUGCAAGACCAAAUCCCCCUGGUUUAUUUACUAUUAAUGAGGAAGAUGAUGAGCAGCAAAAGAAUGGAAAUUCCAAGCGACUGAACGGUUCUGAAGGCUCCAAACUUCAAGAAAAAAAAGCUGCUUCUGGACAAAGCACGAGCAACUCCGGAACUAAACCAGAUCAACCCCCAGUACUGAAGGUUGAUGACAGACAACGACUUGCAAGGGAACGGAGGGAGGAACGAGAGAAGCAGUUAGCUGCAAGAGAAUCAGUUUGGUUAGAAAGAGAAGAGAGAGCACGGCAACAUUAUGAAAAACAUCUGGAGGAACGCAGAAAGAAAUUAGAAGAGCAGAGGCUAAAAGAAGAGAGAAGGCGAACUGCAGUAGAGGAAAAACGAAGACAGAGAAUAGAAGAGGACAAGGAGCGACAUGAAGCUGUUGUACGCCGCACAAUCGAGAGGAGCCAGAAGCCGAAACAAAAGCAAAACAGGUGGUCCUGGGGUGGAGCUCUUCAUAGCAGCGGCAUUACUAACACAGAUCCAGACAGGCGGUCUGUUUCAACAAUGAACCUUUCGAAACAUGUUGAUCCAGUCAUUAACAAGCGGCUCUCCUCCUCAUCUGCAACAUUACUAAAUUCUCCAGACAGAGCUCGUCGUCUGCAGCUCAGCCCAUGGGAGAGCAGCAUUGUCAGCAGGCUACUGACUCCCACUCAUUCAUUCCUGGCCAGAAGUAAAAGCACAGCUGCUUUGUCUGGAGAUGCAGCAUCUUGCAGCCCCAUCAGCCCUCUGUCCUACAAGGCCAUGAACUAUAGACACCCAGCAGACCACACAAGAUCCUUUGUCACAGUCCCAGAUACUAUUGGACGUAGGAGGACUACACACUCUGCAAGGACUGACAAGAAAGACAAAGAGAGAGAACAUUACUCGUCCAACCCCUUGUCCAGCAUAAAAGGAGCUCAUUCUCCUUCUAUCCACAAAACUGGAUCACGGGCUCCCUUCCCAGUUUGGCAUGCAUCCAAAUCCAUGCCUCAUUUACCUGGUAUACCCAGACAGGUAACCUCAUCACCUAGUUCAUCCAAAGUCUCCUCUGGUCAGACACGCCCUCCUUCCCCUGGCAAUAUCCGACCAAUCAAAAAAGAGCUCAAACUGGAUAGUGAGAAAAAAGGAGCAGAAAAAGAACCUGAGAAGGCAUCUGAGGAAAGGAGAGAAGAGGGUAAAGUAGCUUCAGCAGGUGCUGGGGAAUCUGCAAGUGGGGAAGAGCCCUCUGUCAAACCAGAACCUGCUCAUGCAGCUGCUCCACCUCUGCCUCCAGCUCUACCAGCUGCUUUUCCACCCCCUGUUCCUAGUAAGACUUCUGCAGGCACAACUGACCCUGAAGAAGCAACCCGACUGCUCACUGAGAAGAGGCGUCUGGCCCGGGAGCAGCGAGAGCGGGAGGAGCAACAAAAGAGGGAGAGGGAAGAGUUUGAAAGGCAAAAGAAGGAGCAGUUGUCACAGAGAAUAGCUGAAGAGAGAGCUCGCCGGGAGGAGGAAGAAGUUCGUAAACAGGAGGCAGAAAGAAAGCAACGGGAGUCAGAGCAGGAGAAAGAAAAAGAAGAACGUCUCCGUCAGCAGGCAGAAGAAAAAGAUCAAAAAGAAAGAGAAGAGAUGGAGCGCUUUCAAAAACAAAAAGAAGAAGAAGCUCGUCAGCGAGAAGAGGCAGAUCGGAUUCGGUUAGAGCGUGAAAAGCAUUUCCAAAGAGAAGAGCAGGAGCGCUUAGAAAGGAAGAAGAGACUGGAGGAGAUCAUGAAAAGGACUAGGCGCACAGAAACUGUAGAUAAGAAAUCUAAUGAACAGCAAAAUGGAGACAUAUCAAAGGCAAAUAUUACUCGACAACCAGUAACCAGUCCUACGUCUCCAUUACAAUCUGUCAUGAGCACUCAGCUUCAACGGGCAACAGAAUCGCCACACAAUGGACAGCCAGUAACCUGUGCACAUGUGGUUAUUUCUCAUCCACCUACUGUAAAUAUGGACAGUAAUUUCAAUCCAGAAAAAAACCCAAAUGAGAAUGGAAUGUCUGUGCAGAAUGACAACUUUGAAGAGAUCAUAAACUUACCCAUUGGAUCUAAACCAUCCAGAUUAGAUUCCUUGAACAAUGAUGGAAGCAAUAGCCCUGGAAUUCCUUUAAAUCCAAUUUUAGCCUUUGAUGAUAAGGGGACUCUAUUGCCUCAGGUAGAUACUGUUCAAACACAUCAAACAGCAGAGGUUAUCUAACCAUUUCUUCUGAGCAACCAAAGGUGAAGUAAGCAUCUCUGCAGCCGGUGGAUUUCCUUCCAUACUAUGAAGGAGUGUUUUAUUUUCUCUCCAGUUUUUCUAAAGAUUUAUUGGAUAUCUUUUUGAGAGGACCUUAGCAAAACCAGCAGAAGAAAUGAUGGGGAAUAGAUUUGGAAUACCUUUCUAUCUAAUAGUUUUCACCAUUAGAAAUCACGCUUCAUGUGCAUUACUUAAAAUUGCUUUUUCCAACAAGCCUCUUUAUUUAGUAAAUGGAUACUUUCUGCAUCUUUAAGACGAAGACACUGGAAUCUGAAAGUAAUGGGCUGAUAGGGGCAAAGGGCCUGAUUUUUUUGUUUUGUUUUUUGAAGAUGGGUAUUUGGUUUUAAAAGAUAUAAAUGUAAAAAUUGGCAAAGAAUCUUUUACAUUUUCUGGAUCUAAUACUUGAAAAAUGAACACCUCAGAGCCCUACAAGUAGGGCUAACAUGGUGUUUCAUUUAAACCUGUUGGUUUAAAUGUUAUUGCAGAGAACUCUUAAUUAUGGGGGCAAAGCGUAGGCUUCUGUAUCAGGUUCUUGUAAAUGUAACCUAUGACAUGGACAUUCUGUAAAUUCAGAUGUCACUAUGCUCUUCUUACCUUUUCUUUGGGAAAAAAAAGAAACAAAAUGGAGCAGGUUUUAAAAUGUGAAAAUUUGAGAGCGUUAUUUUUUCAUGGACACAAGGAAAACCUGUUGUUCUCCUAGAUGAUGUAUUUAUGGAUUUUGUUCAGUAAACAAAAAUAAAUAAUUUAAUUGAAUAAAUUAGAAAAAUGUAAUAAAAUGAUAUUACAAACUUGGUUUUAUUAGUUACAUUCAUGUUCACUCCACUGUAAAAGCUACACAUACACAAUUCCAACUCCUGUGGAAUGCUGCUGUUCCCAACAAUGGAGGGAGUUUUCUUUGCCUUACCAGAUGAUGAAGAUGGUGUGAAAACUCGAAUGUGGGAGAAGAUCCCAGAGCUUCUUAGUUUUGCUCGUUUCAGAGCAAACAGAAAAUAAUGGGUCAGUUGCUGCUUUAUUUGUUUGUUUAAUGUGAAUUUUUAAAAUGCAGUACAUUUUACUGUAGGAUAGUGACUAGAAUCUUACCAUUCCUCUUUAUCCCACCAACACCAGUUUCACUUUCAUCAUCCCACCCAUGUCACUUUUGCUGCUGCUGAGCAUGACUAAAAUCCUGGACUUUUUGUGUUUAUGAACAGUGCUCUGAUCAGUAGGAAUUACUACUUAUUCAUUGUUCUUGAGAGAUCGUACCAGGUCUUGAUGCAGUAUUCACUGAAGUCAACGGGGCAAAUUCACAGCUGGCGUCAACUGAGGAGUUACAGUCGUUCGCACCAGCUGAGGAUGUGCCCCAGGAAGAUUCUUUUGAUGAACUUCACUGGGCACUGGAUCAGGCCUAUCAGGAGCAAAAGUGCAGAAAAUCUAUUAAUAGAGAAACUGUUUUAGUAAGAAUGUUUUAAUGGGCUGACUUAAUACAGCUGCAAGAUGUGUGUCUUACUAUAAAGGAGAUGGUCUUAAGUCCUGGGGAGUUCACUUACGAGAUACUUUACCUGCCAGAUCAUAAAACCAUUCGGUCAGAAUGUCUCAGUAAUAGUUUGUGCUAUAACAAAAUUAAUUGGGUUCUUUUUCCGCUUUCUUCACAGGUCUCCAUGUAUAUAAAUAUUAUACUUAAACACAUGUAGUUUUAUUUCUUUGAAUCUAUAUAGCAUGUAAGAACCAAAUAAAAUUUGUUUGAAAUAUU